AUUUUCGUGUCACAUGCGAUGUUAUCGAUCCAGUAGAGUACUAGAAUCACUGACAGAAUGACAAACGCGACACAGAAUAGAUGUGACCUGCAAUACUUUCUCGUGUCUCAUGUGUCGGGUAUCGCCUGACAUCCUUAUCAUUUUCAUGUCACAUGCGAUAUUAUCGAUUGAGUAUAGUACCGAUUUGAAUUAAGUCUUUUAUCAGGUUAUUGUAUGAUACAAUCAGUGACUGAAAUAGAUAGAAUCUCAAACCAUAUGCACGUAGUAUAAUAAGUAUAAAUAUAUGUAUGAUCCACAUGGAAUUUGUGACGGUGCUGACCCUGUCACAAUCAGAAAAGGCCACGUUAAGAGGUAACGAAUUAAAAGAAGAAAACUGCUGUUACUACGUCUAACAAUACUCUACGACUGUCGAUCGGUUAGAAACUCGAUGACAUAUCUUCGUACGGUAUUCUCUAUACAAUUAGUAUACAAUGUAAACCCUGUAGAACAUCGUCACAUUCUCGACAUGUGUAUGUAUGUCCUGAAUUUGGUCAAAAUUUGUUUGAUCGAUAGUUGAAAUCAAAUAUUUGAAGAAACUUCGUAGACGUAAGGUUAAUGGUUAGGUUUAAAAAUAUUCCUUGUAAAUAGAUAGUGAACGUGUACACGUUUAAAUAUAUUCGAGAUUUUCGCAACAUGAGUGGCUCGUGCAGACGGGAAUCUAAGAAGCAGAACGAUUGCAGAAGUAAGAAGAUCACUGGAAAAAGAUGGGAAUAUCCGAUUGCAAAAUCGAAGGAAUACUGGGAGAAAUUCUGCGACGACGAAGAGAAGAGACUGAUCACAGUAAGAAACCCUUCCCUUCAAUUAUCCUAUCGUACCUUUUCCAAAAACGAUUCACAACUUAUUGAUCUUAAUUCGGAUAUUCAGGAUAAAAUAUCUAAUCGGAAUUUUUUUUCUAACUCUUAUUCAGACGAUUGCGAUGCAUCCGAUAAUUCUUUGCACAAAUUGCUUCCCAUAAGGUCAAACUUUAAGUCGAAUAGGUAUUGGAAUUGCGACGCCACGAAAUCGUAUCCAAAAUCGAUACUAAAGGGAUCGUUUCGAGCUGCUCCAAAAAGUUUGGAUACAACGGCUUGCCUUACCACAUCGUCUAAAGUUGUACGAAUUCCAAAAUUAGAUAGCCACGAUCCUCAACCUAGUUUCCGGAAAAUUCGCCCAGGUAAAAUGGAUCAUAUUCGGACUUCUUUCAGUGUCCAAAAUGAACGGAAGGUACAAGGAGAAAAUUUCCCGACUCUACCAAUUCUCGGUGCAUACCCCACGACGUCUGAUCUGAAAAUGAAACUGAAAAAAUUACAGAAACAUUUAAGAUUACUGGACGAAGAUGACCGCGAGACGAGGGAUCGAACACGCCACAAAAUUGUCAAAGCAGAAGAUAAGAAACUUGUGGCAGAUUUUCGAUCUACGACGAAUCAAAUCAAAGAAGAAAAUGAAGACACAUUAACGGAUGAAGAUUACUUAAAGUAUUCCGCUCGUUUUGCCUACAAGGCGUUGAAGCGUUUAACGAAGAACAAAGAUCUGGAUUUCAAAUUCAAACCUUUCGACAAUCUGCAAGAAGAACAAGUUUUGAAAUUAGGAGACGGUUCUUUCGCGAGUGACGAUGGAAAACGAGAGCUCCCAAGGAUUAAACGCAUCGAGAAAGAUAAGCAAAGCGAAGAAUCUUCAAAUGUUCACGAUUUGCAGACGAUUUCUGAAGAGAAGUCGCUCGAGGAUUCAGAAUUCACGCGCACCGACGUCCAAUGUCCAUCUUUGAAAUCCGACGAGACAAUUUCAAGAACCAUUUCUACGGGAUCGCGUUACACAUCGGGGCCAAGUCCAGAAUUCGUCUACCCGGAGGACCGGGAAAAUCCAUCGAGUCGUAUUCUUUCGUCAAUUCCAAAAUUAUCCAGUUUCCCAAGGAGGAAUCGCGACAAAUGUUUACCGUGUAUGUAUAAAUUGUUCGAAACUCCGGUGCAACGAAAAGUAUCUCUACCUAGAACCGCUUUGCGACGAAUCAUCGCAGAAGACACGAAAGUGGUAUCACCCACGGAUUCGUUAGAAGAUAGCGACUCGAGUUCUCUGAACAUACCAAACUUCGAGGACCAAGUGGAAAGAGUUUUGACCGACCAAGUUGAUAAGGCGGACCUUAGAUUUGAAUGCGACGUUGCAUUCGUCGAAUCUGAUGACUUUGAAAACGUGGUCGAGAUUGCGGAUGCCACUUACUCUCUCGAAGAAGACCAAGUAGGGAAAGGACUAACGGACGAAGAGGAGGGAAAAAGUAUCUCGGAGUCAGAGCCUUCGUCUAAUGUGAUCGCGAAGAAAACCAAAGAGGAUCGACAAGACGAUGACACGACUUUGACGAAUUUAAACGAAGCUACGAUAGAUGUUACGCGUGUUACGUCUCUGGAACGAACGAAGGUUCCCUCUUCGUCUCGCAGCAUAAGCUCCGAUGAAGACGAUUCGAUUGUAGUUUCGGUCAGCGACGAUCUACCUAAGCCGAAAUACUUAGUACCCUGUCAUGCCCCCACGAAUUUCAGGCCGAGCUUAGAGCCCCUGCGAGCUUUAAGAAGCAGAAAACCGACGACUUUGCAAGAUCGAAUUGCCUUGCUCGAGUCGAUGCCAUUGAAGAAAAGCGUUUCUAUCGAUAUUUACGGCGACAUUUCGGCAAGAUCAAGAGCCGUGCCUGGAGAAGUCCUUGAGAAGGGCGAAACAGGCGAGGACGAGAAGCCACCUCCGCCUCCUUUAACGAAAGCAAAAUCCGUGCUGGACAAACUGAUGCUUGGAAAUGGCGAAGCAAGUACGGCAAAGCAACGACACGUUCUCAGAAAGGAAACCAGUUUCGCUGGUUUUUCUGUAUCAAUGGAUACCGCGUCCAAUAGCUCGGAAAUACAUCGGGACGCGUCGAACGCCGCAUUACGAGAAUUGGACGCUACUCGUGACGACAGCCUUUUGAAAACAUUAUCCGCUACGGAUUUCGCGAGAUCCCGGACGAAAUUGCCGCUUACGCAACCGCACGAGAUCGUAGAAAUUUUGAAAAAUCUCGAUGAGAACGUUUCGUCGAUAGAUAUGUUGGAAAUAUUGUGCAAAGAAUUUUCGGAACGAUUAAAGAACGAUAACGAGAACGCCGAUUCGAACGUGAAAGAACGUAAUAAGAUGAUUACGAAUUUGACAAGGUUAUUAGUCGAUUCUAAACGUUAUUUGUAUCCUGAUAAAUUCCCCUCUAACUUAUCCUUGUCCGUCAAUCAGCCACCCGUGUGUAAUUCCCGUCUCCUCAGACGUGUCCUACCUCGAAAGACUUACAAUCUCGUCGCACCUUUGCUGGGAAUGCCGGAACAGCUUCCAAAGAAGAGGGAAGCUGUGUUCGAAGAUCCGUUCGACAUCGGUAAAACGCAAAUUACCGAAGACACGUUGUCCACGCAUGAUAGUUUAGAAGUGCAUCCACCGACACCGAGAGACACCGAAUCGCUCGCUGACAAGGAGAAAGUGGGUCGUCGUAGAUACAAUCCUUACGCUCUAUUUCUGAUGAAACCAAGACGUAAGGUGGUUACGUGGCGUCCUUUGACGGAACGCGAUCUCGAAGGCUACGAUCCGGACGCUACGCUGGAAAUGAGAGCCGAAAACUCGAUGAGAAAGAUAUGCAAGGAUUUUUGCCAAUGGGUCGAAACUUUAGGCGGGACGGAUAACGUCAUCAACGAGGAGGUUCUCAGGGAUAUGUUUGAAAUCGAUUUCAGCGCCGAAGCUUGCAGAGCGAUGCAGAUGUCGAUCCAGGAAAUGCCGGUGGUACCUGCAGAGGUAGCUUUAACGAGAAACACACCCGGUGCGAGCAAGCUCACGAUGACGAAGAAGCAUGUAAUGAAAGACGCGAAAGCGGAAGAAACACCGGCGAAAGUAAAAGCUUUUGGCACCGCUAUGCCUUGGAAGCUUCGAUUCGUGCCGCCUAAUAAUCAGGUGCGAAAGAAAUGGCUGCAAUGCGAGAACGUGCCCAAGGAUAUCGAAACGAUGGAAGUCGUUUGGAAAGAUAUAUUGGAUUUGAGAAGCGUACGAGGAUUCGUGGAAUGGCUACAACAGCAUCCGGAGGUACCACGGCCGCAAGCUUUGAAGAAAAUCGCAUCAAUGGAUAUUAGCUCUUUAAGACUAAUCGAAGACGACGAGAAGUUCGCGCAUCUCGAACUGGAUAUUAAUCAAAUUAAGAGUCUGAGAGUGGCGAUCAACGGUGACGAUGUCUCGACGUAACGCGCGCGCGCGCGCAUAUGUGUGUGCACGCGUGUGUGCCUCGUUCUUUAUAUCGCUGCUGCUCUUCGUUUUCACUGUGUCACACAAAUAUAUCGCUCUUACCGAUGUAUAUGCAUACAAGUAUCUGUGCGGGAUUUUCCCUUUUAUACCGAUGCAUCGAAACGAAUUAUUUUAAUUUCCGUGAAAUUUUCAUAGCCUUCCAACUGUCGCUGUGUGCGCCGGUGGUUUAAAUCGAACCGACGCAUGAAUAUUUUAAUUGCAUAUGAUUGUGUGGCAGUAAAUGUCGGGCGAAUACAAAAUGAGUAUCCGAAACUGGCCCGCAUUUCAGAAUUUCUCGCCUCCGUUACGCUUAUAAAUGAACGAAAUGUCUGUGUGUAACCGAUACGGCCAGCCGAUGACACGACGUCAAAAGCCUAUCCCCCACCUCUAUCUAUCCCCUUUUUGCGUACGAAACGAAGGGUUAACCUGCGAAGCUACGGAGCGAUCAGUAGCGUCCAGCGAGAAAUUUCGCAGCGCGCCGUUCGAUAUCAUUAUUUGCACGAAUAUCGGGCAGUGAGCAGCGAUUUCAAUCGUACUGGAAAAUGAAAUAUCCGAAGAGUUAUAAUAUUGGAGGCGAGGUGCAGGGGGUGGGGGCGGCUGGUUAUUUUCAUCAUCUCCUACGGUUGCAAAUAAACUCUCGCGUAUUUAAUAUAAAAUAUUGCCACAGCAAAUAGAAUUUUGAAAAACAAGAACGGCGGAGAGAUAAAAAAUAUGUCGAGGGAUGAAAAUAGGAUUCGAAAGCGAUUUCCAUUCGAGAAACUGAUGAUUAACGGGUGUUCUGUUCGCCUACUUUGCGCUGGCAAAAUGAAAACGAACGAUGCUUUCAGCGCGACGAUAAUAAAUAGCAAAUAACACGAUCCGAUGUCAAUCCAACCGAUUCCUUUGACCACGAACGAAUCGUCCUCGUUGUCGAUGUCAAUAGUUCCGCGAGCGACAUAAUACAAACGAGGCGUCGAGGAAUAUUGGAAAUGUAUCGCAGAAGCCGGGCGUCCUGUUGCCGUCUGCCAACGACAGCAGGGACACGGCAUAGAAUCAUCAGCUUAACGCCGAAGCUACUUAAAAUCGAAACCGGCAAAGAAGCUACGAAGUUCUAUAUGUCGCCUCUUUCGCGAUUUAUCCCCUCGUCGUUGCUUUUUCCUUUGACGAAUCGCAACGAAACGAAGUCUCUGGUUUCCCAAUGCCUCGUCGAUCGAGCCUUAAAAAUUCGAACUGCUCUCCGGCCAGAUUUUUUUUUAGAAAUUACCGUAUCACGUUGCUUUUCAUACGUUAGUUGCGUGAUUCUUUAUGCUUCCUUUUCAAGGGAUUUCCCAUGAGAUAGUAUCCACGGGAGAAGAAGAGGGGGUGAGAAGGAAAAGACGACGACGACGACGACGACGACAAGAAAGCGAGCGAAGAAGACCUUAAAAAAGAAGCAGAAAGGGUACCGAAAAAGUCGACGAAGGGAAACGAGGAGGAAACCGCGGAAGCGGAAGAAGGACACCGCGCCAUCAUUGGCCAUUGGCCAUCCGUUUCGCUCCACUUGGAAUAGAGACUUGCGCUCGACCGAGAAAUUUAACAAGGCGCACGCUCCCUACUGACAAUACCCAACUUUCUCACUCCCCCUCUUAUGCCUGGGUUUUAAUUACUUCAAUUUAAAUCUUCGGCUUUCCUGUCAUACAGACUCACGGCAAAGGAUCACCGCAAGGUGAUCGAACUCUGUGCAUUGUGUUGCUCUUGGAGCAGAUCGCAACCGAAAAAAGCUAAGAAGUAGAAAAAGGAAAGGAAGAAAAAAAUAAGACAGAAAGUAAUUGCGAGGCGACAGAAGCAAACCUACGUUAUUCAGGGUGAUUGGUUCUAGCUACCCGUACACAAUCGUACACGACAAUCAGCGUCGUUCUACAUCGGCAAUUACCGUUCGUAAUACGGUUAGGUUACUGUCAGAUCGCAUUGGCAUUCGCGCACUUGGAUGCCUCGCCAAAAUCUUUUAUUCAUGCUAUCAAGUUUGCAUUUAAAAACUCCGUCCUCUCGACCGUGGCGGCACUUCGAAUCGCUACUUUUCAACGGGUACCUUUCAACCCUGACUAUUCCCGGAAAGAUCGAGAUUCAGUUCGCGCGCCGCACGUACGAGCAGACGUUAUGCAAAUCUACGGCGGCGCGACAUCGCGGCCACGAUUUCCCCGCGAUUGCAACUUUUAACCGCAAAUUGGGAUAAAUCGAUCAAUUUCCACUUUCAUCUCGUUCGUCGUCGAUUCGAUUCGUGGCUGUCUGGGACAGCAGUACUCUAUAUUGGUACGCGACACUUACGAUUAUGAAAGGCGUCCGCACCGAUGGCGGAUGAUCAAAUCGAACGACCGUCUUUUUUUUUCUUUUCUUUCUUUUUUUUUUUUUUUUUUUUUUGUUCCGCAACAUAGGCCCCGGAGAAGCGUGGUUCUAGGGCGAUCCGGUUCGCUACGUUCAUUCGACGUAUAACACAAGAACUCGAAACGUGUGAGCGCGUAGCUAUUCACAAACGAAAUGGGAAGCGCUUCCUGCUGAUCAUUCGAGUCAGUUCGAUCUAUUGUCGAGUAAGUUUGUGACAGUGUAUAUAACGGUGGCGCACGGCUACUGGUGUGCCCGGCUCUAUCGCGAUAUCUUUCUCGUUCGUUCGACCAAUUCCAGCCGUUUCCCUACGAUCGAGAAAAAAUAGUUACAACCGGCGUUCAAGUGGAUUAUCACGUAUAUUAAGUUACAUCGAUAGAUUAGUACACCUUGCGCCCAGCGAAAAUCAGGAAAUUACUGUAGGCAAAAGUUUCUGUAUACCUGUAACGAGAGAGCACCCUCCGACGGGUUUAACGAAUUUCCAGGGCAAAAACCAGCUUCCACGCUUCCUGAUUGAAUCGCUAAGACGCGAGACGGUGCUGGCUUCGUAUAAUAAACAGAUUGGCCAGCUGUAGAUUGGAUAACACGCCGAGCGAACGAAAAUCCACGAUACACCUAAAAGAAAAAGAAGGAAAGCGAAUUCGGUCGGGCUAGAUGAAAACAGAGGAAGAUGCUUGCUCGCAACGACUGGUACAAGCCUAGCGUGAAAUCGAUGCUUGAAAAUUAGACAAGAGUAAUAUUUUGCAUUAACUACGGUUCGAUGAAUCUCGAGUGUCUUCCAUUCUUCGAGUUCCAGUUAAAUUUCAACAAACUCUUCGAACGGUGACAUUGCACAAUGUUGAACAGUAACGCGUAAUAGACUUCAACGAACAUCCGGUUUCACCCGGAAGGCCGCACCCGUCACGGUUACUCCCGGCAUAGUUACAGAGCCGAGGCACGCUGGCAUAACGCGAUUCUUCUUCUGUUUCGACAGUGCGUCACGUUUUAUUGCCAAAGGACGGCGUAUCGUCGACGACGGCCAGCACUGCUGCAUCGGCCAGUCUCUCGUUGUCCUUUGACCCGAUGACACAUCGGCUGUUGCGUGCUACGCAGACACGGUCAUCCGCGAUCAAUCGUACGAUUAAUCGUUGCGAGAACUUCGCGAUACGCCUGCCCUUCGUAUUCUGACUUUGAACUUUCCACGCAUCGAACCUAUCGUGUCAGGUCUGAAGGUACAAAGUUUUGCUCGUCGAUAGGAACGAACCGAACAAAAUUCUCGCCUCUUACGUGGUCUGGUUAUCGUGGUCGACGACCGUUUACGGACGAAGAACGAAGAAGAAACGGAAUUGCACGGAACGAAAUUAAAGGUACGUCUGUAGGAUUACGCGUUCGCCUCGAAAGGGAGCGAGAAAAAUUUUCCAGAGAUCCGGUUUUAAGUAAUAGAACUGCUUGUCGUGCAGCCGCGGCACGUGACACCGUGUCCCCCUUCUCUUGGCACGUAAGCAAAGCAAUUAGACGGAAGUGCGAAAGAAAAGGUGCGCGAGCGUAAUGACGCAAGCAGGGUAGAGCGUGGCCGUCCAAGUGUUUCCAGAUGGAUACACCAAACCCCUCCGUUCGUCCACGGACGAAUGUGUAGUUGCUCGUUGUCGCCGUCGUCGUCGUCGUCGUCGUCGUCGUCGUCAUCAUCGUCAUCUCCUAUUUUUUUUAGCCCUUUGCGCCGGACCCUCGUCCUCGUUGCCUCCAAACUGACCGUAAAUAGAACGCGAUUCAUCGACACAUAGGCCGAGUUGUAUCUACACGAAAAACCAAGGAUCGAUCGGUCGGCCUCGUUUAAUUUUAAUCGAGCACCGCUUCCACCGUUCGACCAGAACGUUGUUUCAUUUUACUUGAAAAGUUGGCAAUCUCUCGUAAUUGGACUGUGUGUAAACCAGUCGAACUUGGAAAAAAGGAGAACGAACGAAGAUAUAACACAACCGGACGAGUCACUCGCAAGAAAUUACAGACGAAAAGAAAAAUGUAUACAGGGAGAACGAUUUCGUUAUCCACUGGAAGGAAAUCCGGAUAACCCCGAUGCACACUCGUCGCCUUGUUCCGCGUUCAAUCCUCGACGGAGCCGGCAGCUUCUUUCUUUCCUCUUCUUCUAGGAUUGCAGCGACUCGGACAAGCUACUAGAUCGAUAGGGAACCCUAGUCCGGGCACGGUGUCGUAGACAUCGUCGCAGAGCAGGCCGCAAUAUAUAUAUUUACAUACACGAAACCUCGGUCAAAGCCUUUACUUUGCCAACCGAUAUCAGUCGUAGGAGUCACGCUAGCACGCGUCUACGGGAUACCACCCCCUUUUCGUCGAGAUGUCGACCGAAUUGGAGAUGACCCUUUCGCGUCGCGCAACCCCGCUUUUAACCGGGACAAUGGUCAGGGGCGAACGUUGCAGGAACUUCCAGCUGCGAGCAAGGAUGUAUCAUCUGUUAGAACGUUCGUUAGACCGCGCUACGUAAAUCGUUCUCUUCCAGAGGACGAUAUACGUAGGCUACUCUGUACAUCGUUUGAUUUCCCACGAUUUUCAUCCGCGAUUCAUUUUCCAACGGUUUGUCGUGCCGCUGUACGAGAAGUUUGUUUAGAAGUUGCUUGGUUAAAGGCUUUCCGACGUCUCAAGUAAUACGCUAUAAGGAUGAUCGAUAAAUAGGAUGUUGAAUCUUGAAUACCUGUUGAAUAGGGAAACGAAGUUGUCGACGGUGAACAAUUUUGAAGUUUUUACAGUUAUUGCUGCGUAGAUGCCUUUUUAUUUACGGCUGAAGAACGUAGAAUGGUCGCGGUAUUUCCGCAUGUUCCAAAGGAUAAAUAAUCUUUUUGAAAGUCCGUGAAUCGAUGGUCCCGGUAAGCUUCUCUUCCUCUUCCUAUCUCCGCCUUUGCCUUCUCCCCGUCUUUUUCUUCCCCCUGCCUUUUUUUUUCUUUUUUUUGUCAUUUUCAGAAGUUAUAACCCUGCGGGGUCGAAUCACGGCAGGAAUCCCGUGGCGAACGAUGAUAGAAAGGGUCCCUGACGCCUGAAGGAGGGAUAAUUGCGCGUCGGGGUUGACUUAUAGCUUCUAAAAUCGGUAGCGUCUCCAUUCGAAAUCCUUGUUUCGUCGUCGCCUUUCUUCGUCCUGUUCCUCCUCCGCGCCAUCGUGAACUCUCAUUAAAAUCUCGUCGUUUAAACGCGUUAUGCGUUGAUCUAGAAACGACGAACCGGCAAACGAGACAAAAAAAAAAAAUAAGAAACAGCAUGGGGAUAGAGGGAGAACGACGGGCGAGGGAGGGGAUUGAGAAAAUAUGAACGAUUCGCGCAGCUAACGAACAAUCCGAGCAGCAACUGAAUAAUUUCGCAACGAGGCCGAGAAUGGAUUAUUCGUUUGGAAGUUGCUAAACGACACCUUACGCGUCGCUGCACGCGGGCUAGAUUGAAAUCAAAGUAAGAGAAACUUGGAGUUUCGUGUAAUUACAAGUGUUUCCUGCCGGAGAAGGUAACCGGGCUCGACUAAUCCGAACCGUUGGCAGGCACUUAGCGAAGUUUCGAUUGUGCUCAGCGUGCAUGUUUUCAGCGUAAACCCAUCGUCGUGGGCUCGGAAGCGCAGAGCAGGAAAAUAAGAGAGGCAAGGUGCGCACAGGCCGCGGCAGCUUCGGCUGGAACAGCGUUCGAGGGUGGAGGAUCAGGUGCAACCCCCGAGUUUCUCCAACUACCUCGAAGCAACACGGGCUGCUCGAACAUCGAGUGAACUUUAUUAAGCGAUAUUUCUCUAAUUAUCUGAGUCGCGGCCCGUGGCGAGUAAAACUCAGCGCGCCUAGCUGUUCGUAGCGCCAUAUUCAUGGGGAGGGGGCGGGCGAGAGGGCGGCGCGUUAAGCGCCUCGAAAGCAUAAACAUUAAAAAGAGCCGGGGCAUCGAAGUUAGCGGCCGCUCAGCCGGCUUACUUCCUCCCGGCAAACUGGAAAACUUCCAUCGUCGAGCAUUUCGAGGAAAAAGUUGAAAGAUUAAACGCCACGCGAUGUUAUCGCCAGGACGCGAAACGGACGGCCAACAACGUACAGUGUUGCGGAGAGGCGCUUUUCUUUCGCUAAUUCCAAACGUUGCGUCGAAAUAGGCUACGAGAAAGGUCAGUUUAAGCUUCGAUUCGAGCGUACGAGACGCGAGGAUACAAAAUCUCGUUAGCUAAUUUAGCGUCUACGAGCUAAGAUAGGUGAAAUCCGAUAACGAUAAACCGUGUCAAACGAGUGUCUCAACAGCCCGGGAUUAAAGGACGAUGUUCCUUCUUUAUCGCUGCUAUUUAAUAAAUAAUGACGUGCCGCUGGAUUGCACAAGACACGAAGGGAAAGAACGAUAAACGAGUAGCGCACAGUCUAGAUACGUUACUGGCGGAAGACGUUCAACCCCUCUAGCUACUCGGUGUCUGGGAAUGGGGUCGUUAUCGCACUCGAUGUUUAUUACUUGAGUUGGAAAGCGGGGACAAUAAUUGGAUGGUUUAAUUCGUUGAAAAACUUUCUUGUAACUCAGAGAGGCGUGGACGUCGCCGCGAUUGUAAUCGUAAAUCGAUGCGUUAAAUAAUAAAGCCGACGUCGCAUUACCAUCAGACUUAUUCGCUUGUAUCCGUUGAGGAAACCGUUUCACGGACAAGAAUUUGUAAUUAGUGAAUCGUGAUUUUCGAAAAGCAAGAGCGGAAAGUCGCGAGUCUUUUGCAAGGACUAAAUUUUGGUUUGGCGCGUGAAUCGAAACGAUCUUUGCCCAGGAGGCUCGCAGUCACGGUUCCGAGCAAGUGACUAUGGCUCGAAAUAGCGCGGAAUAAAAUUCGCUGCUCUCUCGAACGGCCAGGUGGUAAUUACGUGUAAUUUAUAUUACUUGCCAUUGAGAUGCAAAUCUGCGAACCAUGCAUGUCGGUCCUAGGCUCGACAGUGGCGUUUCUCCGCCUCCCGUACCUCGUCGUCAUUCGUAGCACCAUUUUCAUCGGUUCCCCUCUCUGUCUACCUGCCUGCCUCCCACUUCUUCGCGUCUUUUCUGUCCUCGGCAUUAUAUUCGGUACUGAAAAGUCGAGCUCGAUCGUCCGACGAUAUCAUCGAGAAGGUGAACGAACUUCGGAACUUGCCUGAUGAAAAAGCGUACAAAGCCAGACGUACGAAGAAUUCAAGGACAACUCGCUGAUACUCCGGUUACGAGAGAGAAUCGAAUUUAUCUCACUUACGUUUUCGCGAGACUCGUUUCCCCUUCUCUUUGGUUGUCUCGUCCAACCAACCAGCGAACCAAGAAAACGAGACAAAUGCUGGCAUUAGCCGGAAGCCAGGCUAUUAAUCAGACAACAAGAAAAUCUUAUUAACGGUUAGGUAGUAACAGGUCUGGUUGGGAAUUAAUUUCGCUCGAUUUCGAUGUGUCUCUUUCGCAGCCGCAACCAGCCAGGUAUUAUACGUGGCAUCAAAGCCAAGGGACGCAAAGUGCAUAUUCCAUAUAUGCAACAGGAUUCGAAUAGGCAUGGCGCGAAUGCAAGUGGAAAUCCCGAGAAACGUAGUUAGAGAUAAAUAGACAGUGGGACGCGGGGCGACACCGUUGAUGAAAGAGAGACAGCGAGAGUCGGCAGCUUAGAUACGGCUGAAUUGGCUAGUAUCGUCAGUCUUUUGAUCUAAACUAAAAUACCAGGCCGAAACAACGGCCAAAGCAAAUCUGUUCAAAGUGCUUGUCCUCUUCAAAGUACUUGGUUACGUCUAUCUCGCUCCGACCCGCGCCACGAUAUACCCCAAUGACCAAUUAUCUUUGUAUCUUUGCCGAUGACAAGUGAACCGCGAGUAAACUGUCAACCGGGGGGAAAGGGUUUGGUAUGUGUCGGUUUAUCGGCAAGGGUUGUGUAGCCGGUGCCAGCUCUCUUUUCGUCUCACUUUCUUCUCUUUCUCCAUGCCCAACCCAGACCAUCGACGCUCGACCUCGUCCAUUUAGCGCGUCCAUCCUUUUCCUUUUUGUAUUCCUAAUUUCAUGUCAGUCGUAGUCGUCGACGAUCCUGUUCCUUGAUAAUACGCCGUAACUGUAUAAUUUAUUCUGUCUUCGUUGGAUCAAUUAAAUAAACCAAAUUCCAUAUAAUUAGAGCAAAUAAUCCUCGAGUAUGGGAAAUUAAAAACGAAAGUCUGAUUCUUGAUCGUAGUCCAGACCGCAGCCUUCAUUUGUCAUCGAAAGAGAUUCUAACGCGAAACGCGAACAAUUUUAAUUAAAAUUCAUGCAUCGAACCAGAUAUUCAUCGCUCUAGCUAUACCACUGAAUGGUGGACGAGCGUUCGAUCGGCGAGUCGCAUAAUCGGAUAGCUCGCUUCUUCCAAACGCAGCGGGCAUCGCGAGCCGAUCGAUGCUUCGCAAUUCCGUGGAACGAAGAACAGCACCAAGCGAGCACGUUGGAUAUCGGUGAAUAUUUAAAAUGCGUUUUCUCAUCCCCCUACUGUCGACGCUUUGCUACAGACAAUCGUCCUCGAAACAAUAGCUAUCUAAUGCGAAAUAGGAUGCCAGCCUCUUGCGUUUCCGCGAACUGGCUUCAUUCUGCAGUGUUGCUUGCUCGAUGUUCGGAAUCCGGUACAGUUUGACGUUCCAGUCGAGUCCCUAAUGCAUCUCGUUAGACAUCCCACUGACGAUUUCUGAGUCGCGAUUCGUCCUACUGCAACUUUCUUUUCGGUUGAUCAAAAGAUAAAAGAUAACGAUAACAGAGGGAAAUUUUAUUAAACCGUAAUCUGUUUAUCGAUUUAUUUUGCCCAUACGUUAUUCGUAUCUUCUUUUACGCUUUUCUAUCGACUAACGAGGACAAUAACAGCCUGUUGUUGUUUCUCUUCGCUCUCGUUUCUCUUCUUUUUUUCCAAAGACCUAGAAACCUCCAUUUGGAUUCAAUCGGAAGCACAAAAGAUUACAAUAUCGAAAAUCGUAUAAAAAUAUUAUCCAUCUACUUACUCACUGAUAUGUCAUUGAAAUCUUCGUUUACAUUUUUACAUUACGCAACGAGGACGACGAUCACUGAUCGCUUCUAUUCAUUACGAUCGUUCUUCUUCGUUCGAAAUGCUAAUUUACAAGUUUCUUUUAGAUUUACGAAAAACAGGAAACGCUACGGUAAAACAGAAAAUCCGUAACGCUACUUAUUUAAUUAUUUCGUUCGUUCGUCGCCGAUAUCUCCGUUUACACCUUCCCAUCGUGCAACGGGAACGAUGGUCGCCGGUUGCUCCCGUUCACCGCGAUUUCUCUCCUUUUUUUUUUUUUUUCGUUUCGAGGUGACACGCACAAACACACACAUCGCCCAGUCGAACAUAAAUCUUCCUCGAUUCGCCGGAUUAUUAAUUCGUGCACGCGGAUAGGUGUAUCGUCGCGCAUGGCACAUGAAACACGCCGACCAUCGGGACUAACGAGAAGAGAUAGAACGAGCAGCCGGAGUGUUUGGUGUCCAGCACACGUACGCGAAGCAGUACCGAGUACUUAUUGUUCUGAUGUCGCCUUUCAUUUAACGCAUUGCGAUCCAGUAUCUAAUCUCGCGCGAGUAAUCCCUCUGUCCGUGGACGCGGGCUUGACCUUACUACUACCGCGUUGAAUCAGCCCGCUCACGUGAUUCGCAUUCGCUAGCAGCCUCGUCGGAAAGAAUGGUAGCUUAAUCGUAUUAACGUGUUAUUGGUCGAAACGAAGGUUCUCGCAGAUUUUUAGCAGGCAACGCGAAUGGAUAAUCGGCAACCUUCUUCCUAAUUUACCGUUUGAUAUUCGAAAUGCAAUGGGACGAUGGUAGAUUAGAUUUAAUAAUAGAGCUUAGCUUCGCUUCUACGGUACCCUGAUAUUACUCGGAUGAAAGUAUUUUUUGGACGAGAGAGGAUACAGUUGUCAUGGUCCCUGAAAGAUCUUUCGCGACUAUUGAAACGAUUUUCCAUUUUAAUUACUUGUGACGUAAUCGGGAAUUUUUAUACAAAUUCGGAUCUUUACAAAUAUCGAUAAAAAAAUGGAAAUUUAAAUAAUACGUAGUAAUACGUAUUUUCAACGAUUUAAUAACUUCGCGUUUGUACACUUGACACGAAUACUUAUCGCAUAGAGUAAUACGACAGUAGAUAUAAAUUUACGACGAUGACGAUUCAAAGUCUCGAUCGUAGGCAGAUAUGUUCACGAUCGACUACGAUAUCGACGAACGAACGAUGAUUAUUUUUCGAUUCUGCGCCAAAAGAUCGGGAGGUUGGCUGUUUCUAUCCGAAAGGACGUCACGCUAAUUUCGCAGGACGUUACAUUAAUUCCAAAUUGGUUUCGUCCGAGCGGAGAUACCACGGCGGCGUUGCGCCCAGGACGCAAGGAUCACCGAUCCGCAGAAUACCCAGCUUAGUUCCAUCGUAAUUACAGAGCGGGACGAGGCUUAGCCGAUCUUUAUUUAUACACGCGUCACGCUGCGAUUCGCGUUACACCGUCGACACAUCUAACGUAGUCGGAAACGUUUAUCGUUCGUUCAUCGAUGGAAUCGUUACAACGGAAUCGUUGCUUGAUCACGGAGAUCGCCUAUGAAUCGUUGAAAUUACGCAUCAAGCAACGAGAUCGUAUAUUCACCUCGAAAUAUUCUUUGCUCCAAAGCGAUUUCUACUCCAUAAAGACGCAUCUGCAAACUUUCUCGCAACUUUCGCAAUUUCUCGCAACUAACUCGGUUGUAUCAUCGGACUGGAAUUUUUAUUAAAGUCCGUCGGCAAUUAGAAAAGGUAAAGUCGAUAUAUUUGUAAUAGCAGGCGUGGAUCUUCGUGUCGUUAUGGAUCAACAUCGAUCUUACAAAGAGUCGCAGGGAUCCUGUGAGUCUGCCAAUUGUACGAAGGUUUCGCUAGAAUUUUCCAAAUUGCACGUCAACGCAGGACCAUUAGCAAUCGAUGGAAAAAUUAACGAGCACACACGUACGAAGGGAGUUCGGCGUUUCUAAACGACGUAUGACGCAUGUCGAACGGGUUAUUGGCUUUCGGGCAUUGGAGCGGGAAGUGCGGAGAAUUCGUGGCGGCGCUAAAAGGAGCACGUAAGGCGAGGUAAGCAGCCGAGGGCCUGGGAUGAGGAUCUUUUAAGCACCAUGUCGCUAUAUUUAGGGCUCAUCCUUAUCUUCGACGACCCCUUCUAACCGCAGUUUUGAAUUGCGGCGCGCGCACCGUCGCUAACCGCCGGUCCACAUCGCUGGUGAUUUCACGAUGGGGUCGAAGGAAGGGGUUGCUCGUACGACGGAGACAGGUAUACGGGACUGAAGGAUGACAAGUUAUAGGGAAGCAGGAUAGAGGACAGGUGAACGCGGGGAGGUCGCGAGAACGGACGAAGAUCGAGACAUCGAGACGGAGGACGAACGGACGAAAAGGACGAAAGGGGGGGAGGGAUGGGAGGACGCGGAGGGAGAAGGAUCGUCGGGCGAACGCCAGAGAAGAAGCGAACGCGACACGAAACAUCGGGGGUAGAAGAAAGCCGACAGAGUGAAAUAAAGACAUAACGAGUUGGUGAAAAAGAGCAAGAACAAAGGAUAAUGGGGAAGGAAGGGAAGGAGGAAAGAGUGGAAGAGAAGCGAAGGGUGGGGUAGAAAGAAAGAGAGAUUAGCUGGUAGGGGUAGGUAACCCAGCAAGUGGCCAGAGGUGAGAGAGUAGGAUAGUCGGUGGUAUAGAGAGACAAGGGGGAUGAAGCUGCUCAUGGAGGAAAGGGUAUAAUGAAGCUGCGCGGGAGAGGUGGACGCUGGAGAGAGGUCGAUGAAGAGAAGGGGUGAAGGACGGGCCGUAGAACGGAAAGAGAGGCUGGCAAUGCGAGAACCAGCCGGAAGGAGAAAGAGGGUGAACGGUAGGGGUUGAGAGAGGGAAACGGAGGAGUAUGUGACGCUCAGAAUUCUGGUGGGAGCGCGAACCGGGGUGGGACAGACGAGUGGCGCGAAGGGAGAGGGGUGUAAAGAGGGGUUUGAACGAAGGGACAGAGCCAUAAGAGGGUUGAUGGUGGCCCGGGUUGGCCUCAGUAGCACAGUCGCGCGCCAAACUCUCGAAGGAAAGCACGUACUCGGUUCAACGCGCUUCCGCACCUACUACCUUCCAGCCAGAUUUUUUCCCCCGUUCCCUCGCUCUCGCCACCUACGCGUACUUUACCCUGCUCAUCUUCCGCUUAACCUCUCCAAGGCAUCUCACGAUCCAGCAAACCAGCCAGUAUCUUACUCAUCACCGAUUUCUGGUCCAAUCCACGCGCGAUACUUCAGCCUGUGACUGUCGAUAAACCGAUGAAACCGAUCGAAGAUCAACCAAAUGACGACGUCUGCCGACCAAUUGCUUGCCGAUCGAAACGACUAACACCGGGGGAUCAACGAACACCACUACCAGGUGUUGGAGUAUCUCGAAGGGGAAGCCAGAAAUCGGGUCAGAUCGAUUCGUGCCCUGAGAGAUCAGACGAAACAGCGUGUUGCGUGAAACUCGAUGAUACCGCCUUACGCCCACGGCUCUUUGCUCAUCCAAUAAUUGCGAUACGCCUGGCAAUCAGCCGCAAGACAAACUGAAACUUGCGACGAGACACGAGUUGACGUCGAUACGUGUUCAUGCGUGCCGCGGAAAACAAUCGUCGAACUUGAGACAUCUAUAUGGGAAUACCGAAGGAACUUUAAUUUAUAUAAAGACCAUCGAUUAGAAUAUUCGAAUUCGAAACUAUUUACGAUAUUCGUGACCUAAGGAUAAUUAAUAAUUUAUAUUAUCUUAAUUCUGCCGUAAGAAAUAAUAUUUAACGUGUAAAUCGAAAGAAAUAAUCGUCCGUUUCCAUUUACGUAACCGUGCGUAUCUGACGGAACGUGCCUGUUCCAUCGUUGACUCGCACUACUGCGACCAGUUUAAUCACGGGGUCGACGUCUCACGGUAUGUCAGGACAGUGGAAACGCAAACUCCCGCCGAGGAGACGGUCAGGACGUAUCUCUUUGCCGCGGACGAAACGCAUCAGGAUAUCUAAAUUCAUUACCGGUUGUUUCGCGAAGUUUAAUUAAAUAAGAAACUUGGAAGGACCUUUUGUUCGGCCGACGACGAGAGAGAAACAGAGGAGGAAGGUAACAACGAGGAAAUGUUGAGCGAAGCUGGAAGAAGAAUAAGAAUGACAAAGAAGAAGAAGAAGAAGAAGAAGAAGAAGAAGAAGAAGAAGAAGAAAAA